ACUUAAUUGAAUUAAACACUUUUUUUUCACAAAAGUUUUUGUUAUCCUACCAUGUGUUUUGCCAUUUUCAAAGUGCGAAAUAAGUGCCAAAAAGGGACGCUUCACACAUUCAUCACGCCACGCUUCAUUUUUUCUCCUUUGAGAACAGAACAAAAAGUUGUCAAAAGACGAGCCUUUUUACUCCUAUUCAACCGUCCCCGUUGCCACGACAACCAUGGUUAUGGCUUUUCCUAACGAGCAGACCGUUCCAAGCCCGUCUAACCAAAAGCAUGACCAUUCACAAAAGAAUGCCAAAGGCAUUGGCAAUUACACAUUUCAACAGAAUCUCGGAAAGGGGAGUAUGGGCAAGGUUAAACUCGGUGUUCAUAUCGUCACAGGUGCAAAGGUCGCUGUAAAGAUUGUACCCCGCGCCAAUUUGCAACUCGUGGGUAUGAAUACGGCUGGGAAGACACCAAAGCAAAUUGCCAAAGAAUAUGCUCGAGAGGAAAAUCGAGAAAUGAGAACGACCCGCGAAGCGCAUAUGAUGAUGCUCCUUCGCCAUCCCAACAUUGUCCAACUCAAAGAUCUGGUGGUGGCUGGCCGCUAUUUUUAUAUCAUGAUGGACUACGUCAAUGGGGGUCAAUUGCUACAUUAUAUUGUAAAGCGGAAUCGAUUAUCGGAAAAGAGAUCAUGCCAUUUUGCUCGACAAAUCGUUAGUGCACUCGACUACAUGCAUCGCAACUCCAUCGUCCACCGUGAUUUAAAAAUCGAAAAUAUCCUCAUUGACAAAUCAGGACGCAAUAUCAAAAUUAUCGACUUUGGUCUCUCGAAUUUGUUCUGUCCUGAACGACAACUGACGACGUACUGCGGCUCAUUAUACUUUGCGGCGCCCGAGUUACUGCGAGCGACACCGUACAAUGGUCCUGAAAUUGAUGUGUGGAGUUUGGGCGUCGUGAUCUACGUCAUGGUCACAGGCACGGUCCCCUUUGAUGACAAAUCGAUGCCCGGUUUACACGAGAAAAUCAAGCGAGGUCAUGUCGUUUAUCCUCCGUAUCUUGGAAUGGAGUGUCGCGAUCUUCUUUCGCGGAUGUUUAUCACUGAUCCUGCACGCCGUAUUAUCAUGGCAGACAUUGUCCGACAUCCAUGGCUGAACAGGAAACAACCGCCGAUUCAGAACUUUUUACCCCUUCGUAAACCAUUGAAACUGCCUCUGGAUCCCCACAUCAUCGAACUAAUGUCCAAAGGCAUGAAUCUGGGAACAGCGGAAGAGAUUGCCAUGAAGCUGGAAGUGAUUGUCCAGUCUCCAGUAUACAAAAGGGCGGCCGAGGCCAUUGCCCACCAGCAAACUAUUCAAUCCAGAACAGACGCUUGCCAGCCUAUUUAUGACGACCCUCAAAGCAUUCCUGCUGGUUACCAUCCUCUCAUCUCGAUAUAUCAUCUCACUGAAGAACGUCAAGCUCAUCUGUCACAGAUGACUUCUCAUGCAAUGCAUCAUGCUGCCGGCACCUUGUCCCGUAAGAGUUCGGUUGAAUCGGGAUUAUCCAUCGGCGGUACGUCUUCCGCACGCAGUAGUCAAACAUCGCUGGUCUUCGCAGGCGAAACUAGCCCCUCCAAUCAUCGAUCCAAACCGCAGCAUAUUUCAGAGAUGCCCUUGGGGCAAACAGCCAUUCAUCAUGCUCCGACCGCGUCCGGUUCUAUGCAAGGCCAUCUCGGUGUAACCGCUGCUCAGGGCUUUGGAUCACAACCGGCCGCAUCUAUUGCCUCCACCGAUUACCUGAUACGUAUCCAGCGAUGGCUUCGAUCAUCGACAUCACAGUACCAGCUCCCCACGGAACAGGAGGAACCUGAAGCGACCGAGGUGAAUGAGGUUAAUGAUCUAUCGCCAACGACCGCAACAACCGCAACAACCACCGAAACCAUCACAUCACCGUCCUUUGCACCAGCAAACCUACCUACACCCCCUGAUUCAGAUGACUCUGACCACGGCAGUGGACAGAAAUCGACACGAUCGUUAUUCAAAAAGUUAUCCCAUGCACUCCUCCGUCGAGGGUCACGCAGAGAUCGUCACCACUCACAGUCUUCGCAGGAUGCUCCGGAAACCGAUCUGCCGUCUCGCAACCGCGCACAACCUUCUUUACCGAUCUCACCUCCCCAAGAUGUUUUGCCUGCUCAAACAGCUGCUUUCGAAAGGAAGAAGCUGCCACCUCUUCCAACGACAGCAUCCCAGCAACCUGUUCAUCGUCAGCGAUCAGCCUCUGCAACGUCCAAUUCAACAUUGCCAAACCGACUUGGCAUGUGGCUUCAUCGAUCCAAUUCCUUCCAAAAGACUCCCAAAGCUACCUAAAUCAGUUUUAUUUUUCAUUCCUAAUCCUAAUUGUAUUGUAUACUUAACACCCGCUUGCUGGACGUCCUAUAAUAUUGUUACCGUUAUUUUGUCAUUAGAUUUACCUCCAUGAAAAAGAGUAGACAGAAAAAGAAU